AUGAUAUUUGACGAAGGUUAUAAUAGGAAAGAUAUAGAUCUGGAAGAAUUUUGCUUUACACCUAAAAGACUAAAUACAAACCCAACAUUUCUAUUCAAACCUAUCGCUUUAAAAGAUGCCAAUAAGAGAGACGAGGCUGGAAAUAUCCAACAUUCUACAAAGCAAGAAUCAAUAAAAGAACUAAAAGUACAGAAAACUAAAAAUACCAAAACAAAACCACCUAAAAAAAUAAGUCAAGAACCAUUAUCAAUAUCGGAAGUAUAUGAUCCAAAAAAUCAAUUAAGUUCUUUAGUUAGAAACGCAAAGCGUAACCAAGAGGCUUUGCAAUUAAGAAAUAAACGUAUUUCUAAGAAUAAGUUUGAAUCAAAGAAGAGAUAUGGUUGGUAG